CCUGCGAAUAUGGACACAAAGAGCGUAGUUCAGAGAGUCCAGCAGCUCAAAGAGCGCCUUAGCCAUGCUCAGGAUCCUAAAAAGAUUUCCAAAGCCCUAAGAAGCUUGCAAGAGCUUGACAUCUCUCUGGAAAUCCUUGUGGAAACUGGGAUUGGGAAAACUGUGAACAGUUUUCGGAAACACUACGACGUGGGAGAUGUUGCAAGAUCAAUUGUUCUUCAAUGGAAGAAGCUGGUUCCUGAAAUUAAAGAACCUCAAGUUGACCAGAAACUGGAAAAGCAUGAUAAAAAGAUUACAGAAGACAAGAAGGUAGCCCAUUCUAUGUCCAGAGAGAAGAAUGAAGGUGUAUCAAAAGCUAGCAAUCAAACUAAGUCAUCUAAGUCAGAAGAAAGCAGCACACAAAAAAAGACACACCAACAUAAAGCGAAGUCUGAGAAAACAAUUAAGGUAGAAGGAAAACCCCCUGAUAAAUCAAAGAGUCAUUCUAGCUCUAAAGACAAGGAUUCAAGAAAUUUGGAUGGUGAAAAGAAAAGGUCAGAAAAGCAUUCUUCCUCAACCCCCAUGGAGAAGGAAAAGAAACCUUCCCCAAAAGAGGAAGGCAAACAAUGUGACAAAAACAGUCAGAAUCAAAAGAGCAAAGUUCUAGACAACCAUUUCAAACAAAGCUUAGAGAAGAAUAAAGAUGGAAAAAAUUCUGAUGAAGAUGACUCUGGUGUCCCUACAAUGUCCUUUGAAUCUUACCUUAAUUAUGAUCAAGUUUCAAAUAAAAGGAAAAAGAAACAAUGUUCCUCAAGCGAGCCACCUAGAAAAAUCCAAAUUUGUAAGCAGUAUUGCAAUGUGCAGUUAUCAGUGGUGGAAACUCCACCUGCCUCUGCCAACCCUGUAAGCAUAGAAGUCAAGUUAGAAACCGAUGAUGCUCCUGUGAAGGAGCUCAAGACAAACUCAUUGGCAGAUUUACUCAAUCUUCCACUUCCUAAAGUAUUGCCAGAUUAUUCUGUACUUUCUUCACCACCUCACACCGCUGAUAAUAAACCCUAUGUUCCAGAUGCUUUGGCCAACACUGGAUGUGAAUCAAAUGGCUUUACUGGACGCAGAUUAAACACUAAAAUGUUGGUGUACUCCGGAUCAAAGACCAUUUACCUUCCAAAGAUGCUUACAUUAUAUGAACAAUGUAUACGUGUUCUUCAAAAUAAUGUUGACUCCAUCCAAGAGGUUGGUGGAGUACCAUUUGAAAUCCUAAUGCCUGUUCUUGAGCGCUGUACUCCAGAACAGCUAAGCCGGAUUGAAGAAUGCAAUUCGGCCUUCAUUGAAGACUCUGGGGACUUAUGGAAAAAGCACUGUGAAAGGGACUUCAGAGGCCAAAAGCUUCUUGAAUAUGAGUCAUGGCGUGAGAUGUACAUAAGACUUUUCACAGAGAGAGAGGAAAAGUUAAGGAUGAUAACUCAAAACAUCAGUUCUGCUCAUUCUGGAAAACCAAAAGGUCGCCAAGUAAAACUGGCUUAUAUACACGGUGUAGCAAAACCUCCUCAUUACAUUCGUCGAAAGCAAGAGAUCCAUGGAACAGCUGGACUUAUUCUACCACCUCAUCCUCCAGAUAAAUACAAACUGCAAAAAUUUGAACACAGGGACAAGUCCAUCCCCCCAACCAAUCAAAGCACAUCUACAAACAGUGGACUGCCUAUUAAUAAUGGCCAUUCGAGUGGACCAAGUCAAGACCCAAAAAAAACUGUAAAGAGAAUUGCACCAAUGAUGGCAAAAACUAUGCGGGCUUUCCGAAACAGAGUGGGACCAAGAUAAAUGUCUGAAAAUCUAGUUUCAAAAUCAAAUAUUUCAGUUGCUUUUUCUUUGUUUUUUUUCUUUUUCUUUCAUACCAAGCUUAUCUAUCAAUUCAGUGCUUCGGUAAUCUGUGUAUACAAUAAUUUAUACAAUUAAUAAAGUAUCGAAGA